GAUCUCCGGGCCCCUCCGGAAGCGGCGGUGACACUUCCCCGCCCUCCCUGUGUCUGUGCAGAGGCAGGCGCGCUCCCUCGCAUUGCCGAGAAGCCACGAGGCCCUGAUGGCCACGGCAGAGGGGCGCUAGCUGCAGCCACCGGCCGGCGCGGGGGAUGCCCCCCGGGAAGUGCUUGGCGUGAUGUCCCGGGCGCGGGGGACCUGAUGCAUCCCAUCCGGACAGCUGCAGCGGGGCGAGGGGUGCUUGUUCUCCUGCCGCGGGGACCAUGGAGCAGCUGAACUGACCGCAGGAGGCAUCCCACUGUCCCCAGGAUGGGCUGCGUGCAGUGCAAAAAGAAGGGGUCCGGCAAAGCCGAGGGCGAGGGCUGCGAUGGCAAGAUCAACCUGGUCCCCAGCACCCACUAUGACCCGGACCCCACCCAGUCUGCUGCCAGCUUCAGCUGCAUCCCCGACUUCAACAACUUCCACGGCUCCCCCACGCCCGCCGGCACCGCCUUCCUGGGGCCCGGCCUCUACCCCAGCAGCACCCUGCACGGCCGUGGGGGUGGCAUCACGGGUGGGGGCGUGACGCUGUUCAUCGCCCUGUACGACUACGAGGCCCGGACGGAGGACGACCUGACGUUUCUGAAGGGGGAGAAGUUCCACAUCAUCAACAACACCGAGGGUGACUGGUGGGAAGCGAGGUCCCUGAGCACGGGGGCCACGGGCUACGUCCCCAGCAACUACGUGGCGCCGGUGGACUCCAUCCAGGCAGAAGAGUGGUACUUCGGGAAGAUCGGGCGGAAGGACGCGGAGCGGCAGAUCCUGUGCCCUGGAAACCCCCGCGGCACUUUCCUCAUCCGGGAGAGCGAGACCACCAAAGGUGCCUACUCCUUGUCCAUCCGGGACUGGGACGAGGCGAAAGGCGACCACGUGAAGCACUAUAAGAUCCGGAAGCUGGACAACGGCGGCUACUACAUCACCACCCGGGCCCAGUUCGAGACGGUGCAGCAGCUGGUCCAGCAUUACAUCGAGCGAGCCGCGGGGUUGUGCUGCCGCCUGGUCGUGCCGUGCCACAGGGGGAUGCCCAAGCUGGCGGACCUGUCCGUCAAAACCAAAGACGUGUGGGAGAUCCCCCGCGAGUCGCUGCAGCUCCUCAAGAAGCUGGGCAAUGGGCAGUUUGGGGAAGUCUGGAUGGGCACCUGGAACGGGACCACCAAGGUGGCGGUGAAGACGCUGAAGCCGGGCACCAUGUCGCCCGAGGCCUUCCUGGAGGAGGCGCAGAUCAUGAAGCGGCUGCGGCACGACAAGCUGGUGCAGCUCUACGCCGUGGUGUCAGAAGAGCCCAUCUACAUCGUCACCGAGUUCAUGAGCCAGGGGAGCUUGCUGGACUUCCUGAAGGACAGAGACGGCCGGUUCCUGAAGCUGCCGCAGCUGGUGGACAUGUCCGCGCAGAUCGCGGCCGGCAUGGCCUACAUCGAGCGGAUGAACUACAUCCACCGGGACCUGCGCGCCGCCAACAUCCUGGUGGGGGACAACCUGGUGUGUAAGAUCGCCGACUUCGGCCUGGCCCGCCUCAUCGAGGACGACGAGUACACGGCACGCCAGGGCGCCAAGUUCCCCAUCAAGUGGACGGCCCCAGAGGCCGCGCUUUUCGGCCGGUUCACCAUCAAGUCGGACGUGUGGUCCUUUGGCAUCCUCCUCACCGAGCUCGUCACCAAGGGCCGCGUGCCCUACCCAGGCAUGAACAACCGGGAGGUGCUGGAGCAGGUGGAGCGAGGAUACCGCAUGCAGUGCCCGGGCAGCUGCCCAUCCUCGCUGCACGAGCUGAUGGUGCAGUGCUGGAAGAAGGAACCCGAGGAGCGCCCCACCUUCGAGUACCUCCAGUCCUUCCUCGAGGACUACUUCACCGCCACCGAGCCCCAAUAUCAGCCUGGGGAUGACCAGUGAGGCCGUGCCAGGACCCUCCACGGGGCCAGGACACCCCCCUGGUUUGCUGGGGAUUUUUUUAUACCCCAUCUUCGGGGAUUUUGUUACUCCCCCCUGCCACCGUGCUCCCCUCCCCCACGGCCACAGCGGUGGGGGGCACCAAUGCACCCUAUUUCAAAGGGGUACCCCCAGAGCUGUUCCUAUGGAGGGGGAGCUGUGCCCCUCCUCUCUCCCUCAGUGCCCUCCGCUGCCUCGCUGGGCUGGGGAAGUCAUCCCCACCGGGCCCAGCAGCCAUGGGGGGAGGCACGUGGCAGCCCCGCUGUCUCCCCAGGCUGGCAGACGUGCUGCGCCCGCAGCUAGUGCCCGCGUUGCCCGGGCUGGGUGGGCUGGGGAGAAGCAGGCCUGCCUCGUGCUGUGGGGAAAGGCCACAGGUGGAUGGAGCAUCCCCCAGGCGAAGGCAGAAGCUCGCCAACCUCCAAGCUGUGAUAGCCCAGGGGGACGUGGCCCCUCCAACCCUGCCCUGGAGGUGCUGGGGGUCCCGGGGGUGGCAGGACCUGGGGUGGGGGCGAAAGGCUCCUUCCCCAGCUCCCUCCCCCGCAACAGCAGUGCCGCUGGGGAGACACUGGCAGGGACCCCCCUCCCCCUCUGCCGCUUGCACACUUUUUGUACAUAACUUUUUUAUGAUGAUGGUGAUUAUUUAUAAGACUCAAGCCCUAUCCCCACCCCCACAGCUUGUCCUGGCUGGUAGAAAGGCCAGUGUGGGGGGGUGCAACUUAUGUCUGUCCUCCUCUCCCCCCACCCCCAACUCAUCACUGGCUUCAGUUGCUUUUCCUUUGACCAGAGCCAAAUCGAUAAAGCCAUAUGCUGCUGCUCGGGGCGGGGGGAGCAGUCAGCACCACCCCCUGGGACCAGGGAUGUGCCGGAGCCUGGCCAGGCGGGUGCAGGAGGGGGCAGGAAUUACCUUAUCCUGGGGGAAAGAUCCCAGAUUUAAGCCUUCGUAGCUGGUCGCCUUCUCCCCCAUCAUUGCCUUAUGCAUUGUGGUCCAGAGGCCGGAGCGAUGGGGGUGCAAGUCGGCCUCAGCCAUGUGCCCCCCAGGGGAGUCCUGAGCCCUAUCCCCUUCAGACCCCCCCGGGCUGGAGUGGUCCAUGCCCCCCGAGAGCCCAGCCCCUCUGCCUGGCACGGAGGUUGCUGCCAGCAGC